AUGGAAAGUAUUGUUAAGGAUACAAUAAUGAACCAUUUAAAUAAAAAUAAGUUAUUAAUACCAGAACAACACGGAUUCAUUAAAUCAAAAAAUUGUGUAACAAACCUUCUCGAGACAUUAGACAUAAUAACAGAAGCAAUAAAUUGUGGAAAAUGUGUUGAUGUUGCCUUUUUAGAUUUUUCUAAGGCAUUUGAUUCAGUUCCGCAUUCCAGGCUGCUCUUGAAACUUAAGUCAUUUGGUAUUGUCGGAAAAUUGUUGCAAUGGUGUAAAGCUUUUUUAGCAAAUCGAAAACAGAGAGUUGUUUUGGGACUGUUUGAAUCAGAAAGGGAAACAGUUCGUAGUGGGGUACCACAAUGA